UUUGACAGAACCUGCACAGUCCCACCUCACAGCUCGGCUGAGCCACGGGCAGAGAGGGGGUUUCCACAAAACUGACCCCUCUCCCCUUCGCAGGGAGGCUUUUUUGGUGCUGUGACAUUUUCUUUUUUUAAAAAAACAAAGGGACAUCUGUGAUUUCUUUUAAUUAUUAUUUUUCUCGAAGCAAUUGAAAGGAUUGCCUGGAAAGCUGAAGUAGAAAGCUCAGCCUCUUAACACUGGCUCCACAGCGUGCCGUUAACUGGGAUUAAGAAAGUCCACUAAUGCUUCACAGCACCAGGAUUCCAACAAGCCGGAGCCUCCCGAGGCAGGGAGCAGCGACAGCCAGUUCAGCAGGAUGGCAAAGCAGCAGCCGCCUCUCCCUGCAGAUGCCAUUUAACCCCGGAUUUGUGUGCAUCCCACUUCUGAAAACCAGCUGGAAAUCCACCGUGCCUCCCCUCCCUGGACACUGAGUGCUGCCAGCCGGAGCCUUGGCUCCUCUCUGCCCGGCUGCCAGCACUGGAGCUGGGGUAGGAAGAACCUUUUCCCAUGCAGGGCUCCCAGCAGACUCCGGAGCUCCCAGCCCAUCCCAGCUGACCAGCAGAUGAUCCAGUGCAUUUUCCCAAAAGAGGUGUGCUGAGGGAAGAAGGGCCAGGACACGAGACUGACUGUGUUUGCUCUCCCGCUUUACUUCUACCGUGGAGGAAAUUUAAGCAAGAACAUGUAUAGUGCAUUGCUAAAUUCAACCAGUGCCACUGAAGCUCACCUAAUCAUUCAGACCAACACGCCCUACCUGAGCGGCACACCGAGACCCGUGAGCUCCUCUGCUUUUUAUAUGUCAACAGCCAGGGUGCUAAAAGAAGGGGAAAUAAAUAAGCCAGACCUGGUGACUUACAUCAUUCUGUUUUUCUUUCUGCUCUUGACUGUGACACUCAUUGUGCUCUUCAUAAACUGUCAGCUGAAAAAUUCCUUUUUUGCUACUCUUCCUUACGACAGAUCGCUCAGGGAAGCGAGGAGCCCGUGGAGGACACAAGCUGUCUGACACGAGGGCAACAUGGUCCUGCAGCAGCAGCAGGCACCAGAAACCCUGUGCAAUAAAUAAGGCUUUACUGCCAUGUGCCAGUGAAAGGAUGUCACCCCUUUAGAGUGACAGUGAAAGGACAGUCACCCUCUUUAGAGUGACAGGCGGCAUCGCAGGAAAAGAUGGCUGGAAAAAUAUACUGUAUGCAAAUGGGAAUAAGCUGUAAAUAAAAAGCUCUGUUAUGGACUAAAGAGAAUGCUUCAGCAAAUUUAUACGGUUUUGUGCAAAAAAUUGCCCCGUGAUUCCAGAUUAAACUCUAUCUGUAUGCAAAUGUCAUCAACCACCCAUUCAGUGUCCAAACAAGGAUAUUUGCAUUAAAAACAGUCUCUGAUUCAGGCAUCUGGUGGAGCUUGUUACCCAUGUUUAUGAAACCAUAGCAUCCAAUGUAAAAAAACCCAGUAUAUUUACCUAACAGCUCCAUGCUGAGGGUAUGAGUUUACUUUCCAGACCCAUUUCUCUCAACUGCUGCUGAAGCUGCAUGGUAAUGCAGUGGGAGUCCUGACAGGCAGGAGGCAAACAUGAAAAAAAACAUUUAUUUAGACUCAAUUAUGAUUCUGUUAAGGGUGAUUUUGAUGUUUUACUGCAUCAUUGAACGGGUUUUAAGUUACCACUUAUGUGAAACACUAAAUAACUAAGGACUUUGUUUUCAACUUUCUUAAGCUACAAAGGAAAUUAUUCACCAUGGCAUGAAACUAAAAUAAGCAGGAUGGGGAGAAGGGAGGAGAGAAAAUAAAUACCAUUAAUAGUAUGUAAAAUAAGGAAAGGGGAGAGCAGAGUGCUCUGGGUUCAGUACAAAAAGUAGAUCACUUCUGAACACCAUAAAGCACAGCUUUAUAGGAGCAGCUGCUUUAAGGCACAAAAUCCCCACUCCUUGCUCUUUAUAUAAAUCUAGAACAAUUAGAAGCAUGAUUUAUUAAUACAGCAACGGUUUGAUUCAACACUGAUCACUGGCAAAAUCCACCAGUUUAAAUUCUUAGCUACCUGAUUUUGUUCCACAAGAUUCUGCUUAACCUUGUUGGCACACACGCUGUUUUAUAGAUGCCGAUUUAAAAUAAACUUGCAGUUACAGCACAAUUCCAGAUCAAACUGCAUGAACCCCAGAACAGUGUUUUUAUAUCCCACAGUGGGCAAAGGGCCUUUUUUCUUUUUUUGUUAUCUUCAGUAGCUCAACAUCCACCUGAACUGCAGCUAUCCAGAAACAGAGAGUUCUAAAGGCCUGCUAUUGUUCCAGUUUUACUAGUGGAUCACCUGUCAGAAGAAUGGGGUUCAAGUGGUGUCAGAUGCUGCUCCCCUAAAUCCAUUCUCCAAAUACAUGCAGCAGAAGUGCUGCGUGUAUGUAUGUACAUAACUUAAUUAAUCCAAAAGAGAUUUUACAACUCAAUUACACACACAUACAGGCUCACACUCCAGCACACAGACAAAAUGUAUAUAUAAGGGAGCCUGUUUGCAAGGGUUUUUUUAGUCAGAAAUUGCAGUUGACAACAUUGCCAUGUCAUUGCCUUGCUUACCAUGUCUUAUUAUGCUCAAGUAAGUUAAACUACUAUGUAACAGGUUUAAAUAUUUUAUUCCUCCAUAGGUGGCCAAUUUUAUCUCCUCUGCAUCAAAUUUAACCGGUGUAAUUCCAAGAAAUUACUUUAAUGUAGAAAGCAAGACAAACAUUCAAGUGUGUUUA